UACUGAUCUUCUGUCAGACACAAACUCAGGCAGUGUAACUAAUACUGUGCCUCUCCUCCCCAGUCCCCACCCAUUCAGCAAAGUGCAGCUCCAUGCAAGGUGAUAGGAUAAGCCUGCAGGUUCACCCUUCAAACCCCUCCCCCCGCUUCUGAAAGCCGUUCUGCAUCUGCAAUGAGCGCAACUCUAACCUGUCACUUCCCAGGAGUCUUCCUCUGACAGCCUCCCGGCUCUGUGCAACAAGGGAAACCUGUAGAACAGCGUCCUGCCUAUUGCGUGCCGGGAGCUGCGCACAUAAGUGGCGCCCAGGUAACUUUACGCACAGACGCCUGACUGCCCCCUCCGUCACCACCAACUUGCCUGCUGUCUACAGGAGGACGGCUAGAGUUUGCUAGCCGAAACGUUGAGGAAUAAACGUCACAGCCCGUGGGGGGCUUGUUUUCUUGUGAAAGUCCUGUCAGAGAUGAAGCCUCUCAAAGAUUCGUUCAGCAGACAAUGACCUGAAGAACCAGACCGUUUGUUCUGAAAACAGGUUGGACAUGACUUAGAAAAACAGGCCUUGUAAGAAGGGGCAAAAACAAGACAGACAAAAUGUCUCAGAGCCUACAUGCCAGCAACAGACUGAAGCCUGUAAAACUGCACGGUGCAGAUUCAGAGACAUGCACUAUGGUCUUCAAGAACCACUGGAAUCAGGUUCAGCGUAUUUUAGAAAGCCAUGACCCUUUUAAGAAUACUCAGACCAAAUGUAAACCAAUUUCUGCUGAUGAAGUGAGUGCCGUACAGAAUUAUGUUGAACAUAUGCUGAUUCUUUUAAUUGAGGAAGAAGUAAAGGAUGCUGCCAUGGGACCAAUUCUGGAAUUUGUUGUGUCUGAGAAUAUUAUGGAAAAGCUGUUCUUGUGGAGCCUUAGGAGAGAAUUUACAGAUGAAACCAAGCAUGAGCAGCUCAAGAUGUAUGAGUUAUUGGUCACUCAGUCUCAUCAGCCCUUGCUUCAUCACAAGCCUAUUCUGAAACCUCUGAUGAUGUUGCUAAGUGCUUGCUCUGGUACAUCUACUCCAGUGGUGGAGACAAAACUGGCUGUCCUUCUUAAUCAGCUCUGCUCAAUCCUUGCCAAAGAUCCAUCCAUCUUAGAACUGUUUUUCCACACUAGUGAAGACCAAGGAGCUGCCAAUUUCCUUAUUUUCUCUCUCCUAAUACCAUUUAUCCAUAGAGAAGGCACAGUGGGGCAACAGGCUCGGGAUGCUUUGCUGUUCAUCAUGUCUUUGUCUGCUGAGAAUAACGUUGUUGCUAAACACAUAGUCGAGAGCACCUAUUUCUGCCCGGUUCUUGCCACAGGACUUAGUGGCCUUUACUCCUCUUUACCCACAAAGCUAGAUGACAAAGGGGAGGAGUGGCAUUGUCUUCUGAAGGAAGAUUGUCUACAGAUUCCUGAACUCAUUCAGUUCCAGAAUUCACUAGAGUUCUGCAAUGCAGUAAUACAGGUGGCUCAUCCUCUUAUCCGUGCCCAGCUUGUAGAUUAUAUAUACAAUGGUUUCCUGUUACCAGUAAUGGCUCCUGCAUUACAUAAGGUGACUGUGGAGGAAGUAAUAACUACUACUGCUUAUCUGGAUCUGUUCCUGCGAAGUAUCUCAGAGCCCACCCUACUUCAAAUUUUGCUCCGUUUUAUCCUGAUUCAUCAGUAUGAGAAAGUGCACAUUCUAGAUACACUGGUUAGUCGUAUCAAUACCCCAUUUCGGCUUUGCGUUGUGUCCUUGGCAUUGUUCCGAACUCUUAUUGGUUUACAUUGUGAAGACGUGAUGUUACAACUCAUUUUGAGGUAUUUAAUCCCUUGCAAUCAUGUAAUGGUCACUCAGCGAUCAGCUGUCAGAGAACAAGACUGCUACUCUGCAUGCGCAGCAAAGUUCCUUUCCUUGAUUCCAGACUGCUGUGCUAUUACUGUCAGUAGCACUGGAUAUUUGGAGAGAAGGCAGAUUAUGAAUUCUAAAUUCAUACAAAGGACAGAUUCUGAUAAUUCUAAGCAUUCUUCAAGUUUAUAUGAGAAAGAUACCUGGAUGGAUGGUGAUUGUGCAGAACCAGUUGAUGAAAACUACCUUGAGUACUUAUGGGAAGCUCAUGAAAAUAUUCUGAAGUGCUUAGAAGACUGUAAAGUUUGGUCUGCCCCAUAUGAUGGGCAAAACCCAGACCCUGAAACCUCCUUUAAAACUCUGAUGGAGGAUAAUUAUAGAAGAGGGAAUUUCUCAACAUUCAGACGUGCAAAUAGGCAAAAUAUGGAUUCAAUUUCCUCUGAGACACCAUCUCUAGGAGGUAAAACUUUGCUAGAUCUUGAAUGGGAUGACAGCUAUGAUACUGGGAUAUCUCCUGACUCUGGAAGUUGCUCCCCUCAACCAUCUAUUGAUACAGUUUUACCACCAGAGCUUCCUCACCACAUUCAAGAGAUGAAGCGGAAUGCAAUCAUGUUCAUCAAAGGAUCAUACAUUGAAGAAUCAGAUUUUCAGGAUGAUGUAAUGGUUUACAGAUUAUGUGCUGUUAAGGAUGCUAAUGAUGCAGAUAUGCAGGACAUAUCAGACAAAAAUGAUCUAGAGACAAAUGAUCAAUUUUCAAAACUUCAGGAAGGAAAUCAGACCCAAGCAAACAACAAUAAAAAUGCAAAUCUAAAUAAUGCCAGUGUAAAAAAACAGGUUAAACAAACAGUACCCAAAGUAGAGAUUAGGCUUUCUUCUGCAGCAGAUGAUAUCUCUAAUAUGAAUAUGUUAAGCCCAGACAGUGAGGAAUUUAUUGCAAGAUACGAUGACCUGCUUAAUGGACUGAAAAUCUCAACACUGGAAGAGUCUUUAUCUCCAGUUCACAGUUUGGCUUCUCCAAUGGAAGAAGACGAGGAUGAUUUUGACAAAUAUUCUUUGGAUUUACCACAGUCAGAGAGCAUGUCAUCUCCAUUUGGGCCAAGAGAUGCAACGAUAUUUUCUAAUUACCUUCCAAGGUCUCAGGCUGCUCCAUUUACUGGACCAUUCAUCAGUGUUGUACUGUCAAAGCUAGAGAACAUGCUGGAAAACUCCUUGCAUGUUAAUCUGCUGUUGAUUGGGAUAAUUACUCAGCUUGCCACCUAUCCCCAGCCACUCAUCAGAUCGUUUCUGCUCAACACCAACAUAGUCUUUCAGCCCAGUGUGCGAUCUCUGUAUCAGGUGCUGGCCUCUGUCAAACAGAAAAUUGAGCAAUUUGCAGCAACAGAGCAGAAUUUUCCAGUGCUCCUCGCAGAAGCUCAGCGGUACCUGCUUUCUCGUAUGGACAUGCCUAACCAGUCUAGAGAUACAUUUACCAAAGACAACACACAGGUGGUAUCGAGCACAGAGAGAGAAGCUGUAGAAUCUUCCAAAGGAUUAGAACAAAAAUCAAAGGAACAUAGAGCAAACACUUCACUACCUAUGGCGGGAGCAUCUAAAAAAACCAAAAAUGCUAUGCUGGCUGCUGUCUUGUUUCAAGAAUUCCUGAAAGAACUUGCUGCUUUAGCUCAAGAACAUUCUGUUUUACAUUUUUUUUAUCACUAGUUCAGGGGUUGGGGGGGGUUAUUAUGUACAUUUGUCUUUUUCUUUAAUAGUGCAAAGUUUACUUUUAGAUGAAUUUGGAUUUUUGUGGGGAUAAACUGCAGCAGAACACAAUUCCAUACAAUGACUGAAAGAGGUUAUUAGUACUUCCUGUAAUACUUGAUGCUCUGGACGGAAUUAUUUUAUUGGAGGGGAUGUGGUUUCUAAGGUGGUUUUGUGAUUAUAAUAUUUGCUUUAUGAUCUCAUAUAUGUACCAUGAGACACCAUUAGACAAUAUGUAAUAAAAAUGCCAACUUUGCACCAGGUCCAGCAAUCCAUUAGAUACUUGCUUUAAAGGGGAACUAUUGUGAAAAUUAAAAUUGAAUAUAAGCUUCAUCAUACUAAAAUAAGAAGUUUUCUAAAAUAUAAUCAAUUACAAAUUCUAAACCAUUUCUGAAAUAUUCAAGUUACUUUUCACUCUCCCUCUCUCGGCAUCUGUCUCUCUUCAUUCUGUCUUCAUGCAGGAUUUGGGAGUCUGUUUUUCAAUGACCUUUAAAUCCAAUAUAUCUUGUAGGGGGGGGCUCCUUUUGCCUAGAAGAUGUAUUAGAGCUCACUAUUCAAAUCACAAAAAAUCCUGUCUCUCUACCUGCAGGAUUUAUUAUUUGUUAUAUUAUGUUUGUAGUGGAAUUGGUUAUUUGAAUCAGCUCUUAUACGUCUUCUAGAAAAGGAAGACCCCCUAUAAUAUGUAUUGGAUCUAACUGCGAAUUAAUUUCUGACACAAGACAGAAUGAAGAGAUGCUGAGAGAGGAAUAGUGAAGAUAAACUUGAUUAUUUCAGAAACUAUGCAGAAUUUUUAAUUGAUUGUAUUUACAAAGUUUCUUAUAUCAAUAUGAUGGAACUUAUAUUACAUUUUAAUUUUUGCCAAAGUUCACCCUUUAAAUACUAUAGCUGAUCAGUAUAUACACAACCUAUAUGCAACCUAAUCAUUAGUUGCUGUAGGUUACUAGACCUACAGCCUUAUAAUUGGUUGCUAGACCUGGUGCAAAUAUUUUUAAUACAGUAUCUUCUAUUUCUUCUACUGCUUCUGCACCUUUAGCACAUAACAUACUAAGAAAUGCUUAUUGGCUGAAGGCUUUGUAUUUGUUUUUACACUGAGGGGCACAUUUACUAUGGGUCGAAUAUCGAAGUCGAAGGAUUUACCGCAUUUACUUUGAUCGAACGAUCAAAGGAAAAAU